AUUGACUAUUGAAUUGCAAUUUUAAGUUCUGGUUCUUUGUACAGUCUGGAAAUAAAAUUUGAACUUUAUGGAUAAUUUUAUUUUAUUUUAUUUUUAUAAAAGUCGGAACUAAAGUAUGUUUCUACGAUUAUUUGAAGUAAUUCCAUGGAGAGGGUUUCUAGGGUUUAAGCUUGCGCCUUGUUCAUUUCCCGUUACAAAUAUCACUCUCUCUCUCUCUCUCUCUCUCUCUCUCUCUUCAUUUCUCCUUCUCUGUUCUGCUCUGCUCUCACCAUGUGGGCUCUUCUUCGAGCUUUUCUCCGUCUCAGGAGCCAAGGACUUAAUGCAGGAGCUUAUCGUGCUUCUUGUGUCAAGUUUGUGGCCAAGAACGUAGCUUUGGACACCUCUAUGAUGCAAAAGCACCUCCUUCCUUGGGGCACAUAAGAUUUUAUUCAGGUCCAUUUCUAAAGACUAAUGAUAAGGUUGUAGAGCAACAACUUCUGGAUUCUGAAGAAGCCCCCAGUGCUACGAAUGCCAAAGUGAAGAGGAAAAAACUAAAAGGGAAAAGAGCGGUUAUAAGAUGGCUAAAGUUCUUUAGAUGGAAGAAAAAGAAAGAGUAUGAAAGGAUGACAGCUGAGGAAAAACUUCUAUUCAAAUUGUUGAAGGCUCGAAAAAAAGAAGAGAGACUUUGUGAAGCCCUGAAAAAGAUUGAGCCUGCAGAAUCAUCAGAAACAACCCAUGAUCCUGAGAUAUUGACUCCAGAAGAGCAUUUUUUCUUCUUAAAGAUGGGCCUCAAAUGCAAAAAUUGUGUGCCAGUUGGAAGACGAGGAAUUUACCAAGGUGUAAUUUUGAACAUGCAUCUGCAUUGGAAAAAACAUCAGACUUUGAAAGUGGUGGUGAAGACAUUUUCAGCAGAGGAGGUUAAGGAGAUUGCUGUUGAGCUGGCAAGAUUAACUGGAGGUAUAGUGCUUGGCAUUCAUGAAGAUAACACAAUAAUAAUGUACAGAGGGAAAAACUACUCUCAACCACCAACAGAGAUAAUGUCUCCACGAGUAUCUCUCUCAAGGAAGAAGGCAUUGGAUAAAUCCAAAUAUAGGGAAGCCCUUCGAGUUGUUAGGAGAUAUAUUCCCAGACUUGAGCAAGAGCUUGAAAUUCUUCGAGAACAAUUUAAAAAUACAGCUGAGAGUAGUACACAGGCUGAUGAGGGAAUCCAGAACAGCAUGGAGAGUAUUGUCUCUGGUGGUGUUUCAAAUUUGCUGCUAGAGCAUUCAGAUAAACAUCGUGAAAUGAUAAAUGAUAACAUUGGGUGCACUGAGGAUGAGACAGAUAUGGACUCUGAAUUGGAUUCUUGUUCUGAUAAAUUAUCAGACAUAUUUGAGUCUGAUUCAGAUACAGAGAAUUUGGUAAAGGAGGAGAAACCUCUUUACUUGGACGAGUUUAAUAAUUUUCCAGAUCAAAGCGGUGGGGAAACAGAUGAUUUUGAGGAGCAUCUGCGACAAAUAUCUAUGAACUCUAAAAACAUGGAAAAAGAUGACGACUUACCCAAGUUGGACGAAGUUGACAUGAUUUUUCUGCGUGCUACUUCCUUUUUAAAGAAAAAGGUGAAGUGAGAAAUUUGCGUAAGACAAGUGUAAUCAUUGUACUGGAUAUAAAAAGAGUGACUUGAGAGAAAUCACAAAGUACAACAAUGAAGUCAUUUGUGUUUGGGACUCAAUUUUUUUUAAAAAAAUGUUAUUAACAUAUUUU